UUUUUUUUUUUUUUUCGAUGAAAAACAGAAUUACUGCCAUGCUUAACUGUUGAUGUGCAAGAACUCUAAUUGGAAAUCUCAUUACGAUGAUGGAAUCUUGCAAGGCUGACAGUAGGAACCAACGUUUUGUAACGAAUGCUCGUGAAAGGGAUCGCAAUCUGAGGAAACUUUCGUUAUGCAGCGUGAAUACAGCGUACACGACCCUGAGGACAUUAAUACCUACGGAGCCUGUCGAUAGAAAACUAUCGAAAAUUGAAACGUUGAGAUUGGCGACCGGUUACAUAAGCCAUUUGCAUGCCAUUCUCGUUGCCGAGUGCACAGAGCAACCGUGUUCGAAAUUGAAAAAAAGUAGCUUCACCAUUCAUGAAACCAGGAACAACGACUGGACACAGUCGACGAAACAACUGAGGACUGAAGUUUGUAUCUUUUGUCUCGCCAUGAACAAAAAAUACGCAUCAACGUUGCCGAGUGUAUGAAGCAUGGGAUUAAAUGUCAGCUUUAAAAAAACUUGCAAGUACCGUUCUUCGAAAUCUUCUACAAAAAUUGAAAGGUGGAUUUUACAAAGCACCAUUCGAAAGAAUUGGUCUUCGAAAUUGCUUUUUCUUCGUAAUUUUGGAUACAAUCACGCGUACUGGGGAUUCUCAACAUAGCCAAAAGUACAAGUGCAAUCGCUUACAAUUUCAGCUUCAGUUAAAAGUAGGUCAUUAACCAUAAACUGAGGGUAAAAAAUUAUAUACUCCUAAUUAAUUUUUUAUGUUGGAACAAUUCUCGGGAAAAAAAUUUACUUAAAAAAAUGAGAUGUUGCGUAAAUGAGAAAAUUUCGAUGCUUAAUAUAACGCAAUUAUUGAUAACACAUAAAAUGAACAUUAAAAUUUGGCAUUUGUUUACGGAUAUUAAAAAGGAUGGAAGAUUUUUUACAAACACCUUCCAGUUUUCUUGUCAAUUCAUAUUCGCAGAGAAUAACAUAAGAAGCCUCAUUCAAAACGAACGAAUAAAUUUCCUGUCUCUGAAAGACGAGCAUUUAAAAGUUAAGUGUUUCCCCAUGAAUUAUAGUUUAUUCUAUUUUAUCCUUAUAUAGAAAAAAUUGGAACGGAAAAAAAUUAUCCUUGAGAAAAACAUUUACAAACUUUUCAAGUAAAAUUCCAUUUGUAAUUGAUUUAUCCAACGGGCUAAUACAAAUAGCCUCUUCAUCUUUUCAAAUAUAUUUCGAGUGCCUGUCGUGGUUGCUUCCAAAUAUGAGUCUGCGAUGAUGAUAAUAGUAAACAAAAAUAAAAAUAAAUGAGCAACUGCUCAAAUAUUAACGAAGCAUUUUUUAUGCAGUUUUUUUUCUUUUUACGUUCGAGACAAAAUCGCACACGUAACAGCAGCUGCAAACCGUCGUCCAUCUUCCUCUUUUCGAAUUAUCUCUUAGAAUAUUAGUAUUUCAUAUAAGUAAUGAGAAAUACAUCAUUUUUUCUUAGUCGAACACAACGCGUUUUCUUUCUUUCACAAUGAAGAUAUGAUUUAGAAAAAUAUUUGAAACAACGAAAGAAACAAGUGUUUGUAAUCACGACUGCAGAUACGAUGUAAGAUUUUGCCUGAGGUACGAGCAGUUCCGAGUAUGAGAAAACUUCAAGAUAUCAAACAAUUGCCAAAGCAGAAAAGUAAAAACUCUAUUUUUUCUACUCAAUAUUGAAAAGAUAGAUAAAAAAAUGCGUAAUCGAAAUUUCGAGGAAGCAGUACGCGGACCGUAUGAAAAAGCAAAUUUGUCGAUUCACAAAUUUUUACAUUUUUACAAUGAGGGCUAUGUUAUUUCUGCAAGAUGGAUUAAUUGAAACACAAUUUUAUGUUUUCUUGUUUUGAUUCUAUAGUUACACCGCUAUAAAAUGUUUAAUACCUAAUCGAAAAUAAUCCGCUAUGCCGUUGCGAAUUUUUUUUCACAUUGUUGCACGCCAUUUUACACACGCAUCGAAGACUACUCUCAAAACGCUUACUUCCCUUCAACUCUGACUAUAUACAAUAAUGU